GAUAAGCAGGGAUAGUGAAGAUAACUUCUUCGGAAUUCUCGAGGUUGCAAACAGCAGAACACCAAUAAAACUCCUAGUCUUGAUCCUAAUAAAUAAGCCAUCGAAGCUCGUCUCUGUCCUUGCUCAAUCACAUAUUACCUACCUACAUAAUUAUUACCAUGGCUCAUAAAAAGCGUCAAACCCGGCUCACAUUCGAGCCUGUGAAUCCAACAAGUUCACCAAAACAGCCUUCGCCGAACCAAGUAUCGCCGGCCAAGAUCCGAUAUUCCAAAAAAGCAGACGCAAGCAGUAGUCCGAGCCACGCAUCACCUAAACGGCCACCCACGGCUAGUUUUAUGCCAAGGCUCUACAGCUCCAGGCCUGUUGCCGCAGGAGAUGAUUCUUCUGAUGACCCUUUGACCGAAGUUGAGGAUGAAAUACCAACGAAGUCAUCACAGUCUAUUUCAACUAAGCUCAGGCGGACGGUCAUUGAUCUUGAUGACGAUGAAGAUGAGGACGAUGAUGAGAAUGAGGAGCCAAUCGCUCCUCCAUCUACCCUAAAGCGCCGACGUCCUAUAGUUGUCUCGGAUGACGACGAUGAUGACAAUGACGAUGACGAUGAUGGUCCUAUCGUAGCGCCUAGUUCAUCGAGGCGUUCACGGCCCCGCUUAGUCGAACUUGAUGGAUUGAGUGAUCGAGAAUCUUCGCCAGCGAAAAGGAGGAAGACGUCAUUGGCAACUCCAGGCCGUCUUAGAAGACCAACGACCGUUACCUCAUCCUCUCCUACCAAACGGAGCGUGCCUAAGGGCCAUCGUUCCGAACGACAGAAGAAGAUGGAGCUGCUCCGUCGUCGCCGUGCAGGCGAAAAAAUUGAUAAUCUCACUUCCUCAGAAGAGGACUCUGAAAUAGAGAAGCGAGGUAUUUACGAUACCGACUCUGAUGAAGAAUUUGCCGCCCUGAAGGAAUUCGAUGACGACGAACCCGAAGAUGAGGCUGAAUCCGAAGUGCCUAUUCGUCAAGCUUCCCCGAAGAGCAAAAAGCUUAGUAGAAAGCACGAAGAAUCGGACCACCGAGAAGAUGAAGACGAGGGUGAUGAGAAUGGUCUGGAUGACUUUGUCGUUGAUGACGAUGAUGACGCUCCCAUAGGCGCUCCAGCCAAUCUCGAUAUCCCUCUCGAGUUCACGGCCCAGGCGCAUAGACCCUUAAAGGAUCAAUUCCCAUAUGUCAUUGAGUGGCUUGUGCAUAACCGACUCAAUCCCGCAUUCGAGCGAAACGAUCCCGUCUAUUCCAACGCAUGGCGUAAACUAGAUGAUGAGGUUCGCGCUCUCGCGUCAUCUAAGUUCGCCUCGUCAGUCUGGAGAUCGGAAUUCUACCGUGCGCUGAAGGGCAGGCCUAAGAUGGAAGCAUACGAAAUGGAUAGAGGUGAGAGGAGCAGCGGCCUAUACGACACAUGUGACGCUUGUGGCCGAAGCAAUCAUCCCGCCACAUUCAGGAUUUAUUUCGCCGGCCACCCCUAUUACAAAAAUACACUAGCUGAGGUCGAGUCGGAUUUAGAUUCGGAAGAUGAUGAUGGCGAUGAGAGUGGUCACGAAUCUGUUGAUACUCAGGGUAUGGUCCUCCCAACCACGAAGAAAGAGUGGAACGUUGGUGUGGUGUGCUGUAGCAACGCCGAGACGGCGCAUAGUUUGAUCCAUUGGAAACAUGCCCUAAAGCAGUGGGUGGAAGAAAGACUAGAGGAGGAUGGAUGGAUGAACGCGAAAAAGCUAAAGGAACGCGAACGAAUGAAGGCCAGGAAACGACGCGACCUAGCUAACCAUAUCGUCGACGAGUGGCGCGAGAAGAAUAUUAUCGCAUCCCUUUAUCGCGACUUUAAAAAUACCCUCGAGGAUGCUCGUAACAAGGCCACGACGGGGCGUAAUAGAGGUCGUUUUCGUUAGUGGCUAGUAUGUAGCCGGCGUACUUUGUCGCGGUGUGUUAUUCUCUUUUCGGAUUGAUUUCGAAGUUGGGAUCUUACGGCAAUGGUCUAUGGAGGGCAGAUAACGACUGAUGUUCGUGUGAAGUGGGAAAGGCUUAAUACGAUAUGGAGCAAGUAAACUGUUGCUUUUGGUAUUGCGAU